GUCGCGCGCACGGGCCGGGCGUCUCGACUCCCGCGCGCGCUCGGCUGGUCCCAGUCCCCGGGAGGAGAAGCGGAGGAGGGAGCGAGUCAGCGAGGCGGCCCGGGGGAGCGGGCGCGAGCGGCGGCUGCCGGAGCCGCCAGUGUUCGGGCGGCGGCGAGGGUGGCGGUCGCCUGAGUAGUGAGAGCAGGGGCGGCGCGGCAUCCGCAUCCGCCGAGUGUGAUGAAGCUGCCCUGCUUCGCUGCUCCGCUUGCCGCCAGCUGACACCGCCUGCACUCCGCCCGCCCCAGAGGGGAGACGCCGCGGGGCCGUGACCUUGGCCGAGAAGGGCAGACUGGUAAUUCUUGUGUCUAAGAGCCCACCAAGUUUUGGGUGACAUGGCCCAGGGGAAUAAUUAUGGGCAGACCAGCAACGGGGUGGCAGAUGAAUCACCCAACAUGCUGGUGUACAGAAAGCAAUGACAUCAGAGCUGAUUAUUAGAAAAGAUGAAAGGCUGUGUGCUACCUGGAUCUGCAGGAAAUCAAAACUUUUUUGUCUGUGUAGCUCACAAUCAUUAAAAGAUGGAAGACGUCAUAGCACGCAUGCAAGAUGAAAAAAAUGGAAUUCCUAUCCGUACUGUCAAAAGCUUUCUUUCCAAGAUACCUAGUGUCUUCUCUGGGUCAGACAUUGUUCAAUGGUUAAUAAAGAACUUAACUAUAGAAGAUCCAGUGGAGGCGCUCCAUUUGGGAACAUUAAUGGCUGCCCAUGGAUACUUCUUUCCAAUCUCAGAUCAYGUACUCACGCUCAAGGAUGAUGGCACCUUUUACCGGUUUCAAACACCCUAUUUUUGGCCAUCAAAUUGUUGGGAGCCAGAAAAUACAGACUAUGCUGUUUACCUCUGCAAAAGAACAAUGCAAAAUAAGGCAAGACUAGAACUUGCAGAUUAUGAAGCUGAGAGCCUGGCCCGGUUGCAGAGAGCAUUUGCAAGGAAGUGGGAGUUUAUAUUUAUGCAAGCAGAAGCACAAGCAAAAGUGGACAAGAAGAGAGACAAAAUUGAAAGGAAGAUCCUUGAUAGCCAAGAGAGAGCAUUCUGGGAUGUCCACAGACCUGUGCCUGGAUGUGUAAAUACUACUGAAGUGGACAUUAAGAAGUCAUCCAGAAUGAGAAACCCACACAAAACAAGAAAGUCUGUCUAUGGUUUACAAAAUGAUAUUAGAAGUCACAGUCCUACCCACACACCCACACCAGAAACUAAACCUCCAACAGAAGAUGAGCUGCAUCAACAGAUAAAAUAUUGGCAAAUACAGUUAGACAGACAUCGAUUAAAAAUGUCAAAAGUUGCUGAUAGUCUACUAAGUUAUACGGAACAGUAUGUAGAAUACGACCCAUUUCUUGUGCCACCUGACCCUUCUAAUCCAUGGCUGUCUGACGAUACUACUUUCUGGGAACUUGAAGCAAGCAAAGAACCGAGCCAACAGAGGGUAAAACGAUGGGGUUUUGGCAUGGAUGAGGCAUUGAAAGACCCAGUUGGGAGAGAACAGUUCCUUAAAUUUCUAGAGUCAGAAUUCAGCUCAGAAAACUUAAGAUUCUGGCUAGCAGUGGAGGACCUGAAGAAAAGGCCUAUUCGAGAAGUGCCCUCAAGAGUUCAGGAAAUAUGGCAAGAAUUUCUGGCUCCAGGAGCCCCCAGUGCCAUCAACCUGGAUUCCAAGAGUUAUGACAAAACCACACAGAACGUGAAGGAACCUGGACGAUACACAUUCGAAGAUGCUCAGGAGCAUAUUUACAAACUGAUGAAAAGUGAUUCAUACCCACGUUUUAUAAGAUCCAGUGCCUAUCAGGAACUUCUACAGGCAAAGAAAAAGGGCAGAAACAUCCCUAUUUUCCCAUGCCAUAAAAACUGUACACCAACACUGAGGGCCAGCACUAACCUGUUAUGAAAAGAGGGGAAGUCUCUCACAUCCAAGAGGUUAACAAGCCUUGUUCAGUCUUACUAAAUGGAUCAUCUUGUAGCAUGGAAGCAGACUGGAAUCAUUGCACAUACUUUGUAGCUUGUCAUUGUUACCUGGAUCAGAGGACAUUAGACCAAGAUGUUGCAUGAAUGAAGGACCUGAAUUGUUCUAUUUUGUGUGCACAUUAAGGCAUUUGCUAUCUCCAAGGGACCCUAUGCCAUCUCGAUGCCUCCAUUUCAAACUGUUGUCUGCUUUCUUCCUCCUUCUAUUCUACUAAGCUGGAUCUGUGUCUUUUCCUUUUUAGCAAGUUUAAGUAAAGUAAAACUAUUUUUUCCCUUUCUUUCUCUUAAAGCUUCUGCUAGACACACAGUUCACUAAAAAUUCAGUCAUUCACAAACUGGAAGAAUUGUAAAAGAAAAAAAAAAUAACAUAUAUCAAUAAGUAUACAUAUGGCUUCACAAUUAUUAAACAAUAAAUUAGCACAGAAAGUUUCAUGCCACUGAUGUAUUCAAGUCUGAAACAAGCUCAUGUCUUUGUCUGAUGUCUGUACAUUCUCAGUUAAUGUUUCUUGCAUUUAUUUUUAUACCAUAUUUAAAUAAGAAACACCUUUUACUCCAAAUGUAUCAAAGUUGAACCCUUCUCUGUAAAUUUGUGUAUGUUUAUAUUGUUGUUUUAUCUUUCAUUAAAAGAUGCAGAAUCUC